AUGAGCCCUCCCGCGAAGAUUAGCAAGAAGCAAAAGAAGGCCCUCGCCUUCCGCGAACGAAAGAAGAGGGGCGACAAGGGGCGUCCCGAGCAGCUCGACGUGCCUCAGGACGACAUCGAAGAGCAAGAGGCUGCAGAGCAUGCCCAGCCAGGCCCUUCUAAGGAUCGCACUGGCAAGCGCGGGGCGGAUGCUGGAAAGGGGGGCAAGGAACCUGGUGAACCGUCUGUCGUGGCGCCGACGGAUGCGGGUGAAGCUACAGAUCGCGAGGUGGCGGCUGAGGGCGCUGGCGCAGGGAAGACGAAGAAGGGGAAGGGGAAGAAGCGGGCGGUGGCAGACGGUGCGGAGGGGGAUGCCGCUGCUGCUGCUCCCAAGAGCAAGAAGCGAAAGCGGGAGGACGAUGCGGUGGAUGGGGACAAGGAGGAGUCCGCGCGUCCGGAGAAGAAGGUGAAGCAGAGGCUGAUCUUGUUCGUUGGCAACCUCAAGUUCAGCACAAGCAAGGAAGCAAUACAAAGACACUUCUCCGCCUGUGAACCCCCUCCCGAAAUCCGUUUGCUCACACCCAAAACCACAAAGCCUGGCGCUGCACCCACGAAGUCAAAAGGAUGCGCCUUCCUCGAGUUCCAGAACAAGACAGCGCUGCAGCAAGCGCUCAAGCUACACCAGUCUGAGCUCGAGGGGCGACUGAUCAACGUCGAACUGACUGCCGGGGGCGGUGGCAAGAGCGAGGCUAGACUCAACAAGCUCAAGCAGCGGAAUAAGGAGAUGUUGACUAGAAGGGACAAGAAAGCCGCGAAGGGCAACGACGGAGCCGUACCAGAACGGCCCCAGCGCUACUCCGCCACAUCCGGCCUCGAGCAGGCACCCCUGAAGAAGCGCACCUGGUCCGUCCCCGACGCCGACGACGACACCACCCACCGCGGCGGCAAGAAGCACGUCAGGGGCAAAAAGCGCUCCAAGGCCUUCAGCACUGGCAUGAACGCCAUACCCAUAGGCUGA